AUGCCGCGCAGUCGCAACUACAACCAGCCAGGGCAGUACCGGGGGGUAAGAAAGCGCGGGGAAUUUCGUUACGUUGCAGAGAUCAAAGACACCAAGAAAGGGGUCCGCAGGUGGCUGGGCACGUUCCGUUCCGCAGAGGAGGCCGCUCGUGCGUUUGAUGAAGCUGCUUUGAAUAUUCGAGGAUCAAAGGCGAAGCUCAACUUCCCAAGGAAGCAUAUUCAGAAAAGGGGAGGGGUAGUAGGUUCAAAUCCUGUAGCAAUAGUAGGAGCAACGGCUAGGAUGGAAGCAGCAGAAGGGGAUGCAGGGGUGGAUGGUGGAGGAAUGGUUUUGGGAGAGCAGCAACUUGGUGCAGUAAGGCAGGAUAGGGAGGGCAGUAGUACUAGGAGCGGGGAAGGGAAAGGGAAGGAGGUAGGAUACAGUGAAGACUCUGUGGACGUGGGAUUGAUGGGAGAGCUUGUGGGUCAGACUUCGCAGCAGAGAGAGGGAAAAAUCAAGGAAGAAGCAGUGACAUUUUCUGUGCCUCAAACGUCGUUUGGAGAGGGAACGAGUAGGGGGUUGGUAGCAGCGAACAUCGGGGCGCCUCAAAGGUUGUCUGCAGUGGGAACAGGUGGGGCAGCAUUUACAAAGAAAACAGGAGCAGAAUCAGGGGAGGAGGAGGAGGAGGAGGAGGAGGAGGAGGAGGAGGAGGAGGAGGAGGAGGAGGAGGAGGAGGAGGAGGAGGAGGAGGUGUAG